AUGUCGAAAAUAUUUUUUUCAUACUUGUUUAAAACAAAUUUAUCGGCAUUACAUGCUGCUAUAUUAUCAGAUAAUACCAAUAAAAUUUGUCGUAUUUUGGAUGUAAAACGUGAUUAUAUUCAUAAAGAAUUAGAUAAUAAAGGAAAUACAGCACUUUUAUUAGCAAUGAAACAUGCAUCACCAGUAACUGUUCGUUUAUUACUUGAAGAAGGAGCUUCUCCUGAUCAACCGAAUUUUGUUACUUUUCAAACACCACUUGGUUUCAUAGCCGCAACAGUUUAUGAAAAGGAUCAACUGCAAGUAGCAAAAUUGGCUCUUGAAAUGGCUGUCAUUUUAUUAGAUCAUGGAGCUGACGUAGAUAAACCAUCACCAUAUACUUGUUUAGAUGAAAAUGGCAAAGGGUAUGUCAUUAUGGAAACACCUUUAAUGACAGCUGUAAGAACAAGAAGUUUACCAUUGGCAAAAUUAUUUGUUCAAAAAAAAGCUAAUGUAAAUUAUAUAGAAAAAAUAUUCGAAAAUCGACCUAUACAUUUUUCAAUCACAAAUGGUGAUGUAGCAAUGUUUGAUUUAUUAGAAAAUGCAGGUGCAUCAUGUCGUUCCGUUGUAUCUUCUGGACAAAAUACUUUAUUACAUUGCUUUUGUCAUCAUAAAGCUAAUGAUGAACAAAUGUCUUUGUUAGAAAAAUUAAUUAAUAAUGGUUGCGAUAUCAAUGCAGAAAAUAGUAUUCGACGUACGCCAUUAAUGUUAGCCGCAGGAUUAGAUAUGAUUAAUACAUGCUAUGUACUUAUAAAUGCUCAUGCUGAUAUAAAUAAAAUUGAUUAUAAAGGUUAUCAAGCUAUUAGUUUCGCAAAGCCAGAUAGUGAAUGUUUUAAAUUAUUGAAACAAGUUAUAUAUAUUCAACACAUUAAAACUCAAUCACAUCAUAAUAAAGAUCGAGUUCAUUUGAAAAAACAAUAUCAUUCUACGUAUACACUUUCUACGCAAAAAAGUGAACCACCAAAGCAAUUUAAUAAUGAUAAGACAAAUAUUGAAGAUCAAAACAAUUUAUUACGUAGUGAAUCUGAUCGAGCUUAUAAUGCUCAAGAUAUAAAUACAAAAUAUAAAAAUAUGUGGGAAAAAUUACUGGAAGCAAAGCAAACAACGGGACGAACGAGAGAUUUAUCGGUAGAACGACCCAUGAAGUCUGCUCAUCAAAGAAAUAAAGAUUUAUCUAAACAAAGAACAAAAGACUUCAAUGAAAAAAAAUUUUCAUCAACCCUCGAAUUGUGA